ACCGCAUGUGCUCUUCCUCAUCAUCCACCAUUUGAUAAGUUGAGUCUCUCUUUUUCUUUCAUUCUUUCUCUGGUGGAAUAUUGAGAAAUAUCGAGUUUUUAAAAUAGGGUUCCUUGUCAUACAUCAAGGAGAGAAGCAUAUAGGCAUUUAAGUAAAGUUUGAAGGUACGUAGCCAAUCAUGGUGGCCGGAGGGAUGUCAGUGGGCGGAGGGAAGGAGUUCGAGGCCAAGAUUACUCCUGUUGUUGUCAUCUCGUGCAUUUUGGCCGCCACCGGAGGUCUCAUGUUCGGUUAUGAUGUUGGAAUUUCAGGCGGAGUAACAUCAAUGAAACCGUUCCUGAAAAAAUUCUUCCCAGUGGUGUACCGUCGGACUCAGGACGACGGAUUGAACAGUAACUACUGCAAAUAUGAUAACCAAGGCCUCCAACUGUUCACCUCGUCCUUGUAUCUGGCUGGUUUAACGGCUACCUUUUUUGCCUCAUACACCACAAGAAAGCUCGGUCGAAAGGUUACCAUGUUGAUUGCAGGAUGUUUCUUCAUUUGUGGAGUGACCCUAAAUGCUGCAGCACAGGAUCUAGCUAUGCUUAUUAUGGGCAGAAUUUUACUUGGAUGUGGAGUUGGUUUUGCUAAUCAGGCUGUUCCGCUGUUCUUGUCGGAGAUCGCACCCACCAGAAUCCGUGGAGCACUCAACAUUUUAUUCCAGCUCAUGGUCACCAUUGGCAUCCUUUUCGCCAACCUUGUCAACUACGGAACAGCAAAAAUCAAAGGAGGAUGGGGUUGGAGACUUUCACUUGGAUUGGCUGGAAUCCCAGCAGGGCUUCUAACCUUAGGGGCCCUUAUUGUGGUUGACACGCCUAACAGUCUGAUUGAGCGCGGUCGCUUGGAGGAAGGAAAAGCAGUGCUUAGAAAGAUCCGAGGCACUGAUAAUAUUGAGCCAGAGUAUGAAGAACUUUUAGAAGCCAGCCGUGUGGCCAAACAAGUGAAACACCCUUUCAGGAAUCUCCUCAUGCGAAGGAAUAGGCCUCAGCUGGUCAUUGCAGUUGCGUUACAGAUCUUCCAACAGUUUACAGGAAUCAAUGCGAUCAUGUUUUAUGCACCAGUUCUGUUUAACACAGUAGGGUUUGGAGGCAAUGCAUCCCUGUAUUCUGCUGUUAUCACCGGAGCUGUUAACGUUCUUUCCACCCUCGUGUCUAUCUACUCUGUCGACAAAGUUGGCCGAAGAAUGCUCUUGCUAGAAGCUGGUGUGCAGAUGUUCAUAUCCCAAGUUGUGAUUGCCAUCAUUUUGGGGAUCAAGGUUAAGGAUCAUUCUGAAAGCCUUAGCCACGGAUGGGCCAUUUUUGUGGUCAUCCUUGUUUGCACAUUUGUGUCUUCUUUCGCAUGGUCUUGGGGACCUUUAGGAUGGUUAAUCCCGAGUGAAACAUUCCCUCUCGAGACAAGAUCAGCAGGGCAGAGCGUUACGGUUUGUGUGAACUUGCUCUUCACUUUUGUGAUUGCACAAGCCUUUCUUUCAAUGCUGUGCCAUUUCAAGUUUGGGAUCUUCCUCUUCUUCUCCGGCUGGGUUUUGAUCAUGUCCCUCUUUGUGUUUUUCCUCCUCCCUGAAACAAAAAAUGUGCCCAUUGAAGAAAUGACUGAAAGAGUUUGGAAGCAACACUGGCUCUGGAAGAAUUUUAUGGAUGAUGUCCAUCCUGGUGAAGGAAAUCUAGAAGGAGGCACCAAGAAGAAUGGGCAUUCUAAUGGAUUUGAUCCUUCAUCACGGUUGUAAAAAAAGGCGGCCAAGUUUUUGCCGAAUAUUUGGAUCUCAUACUCUAUGUUGACACCAUUAGACGGUCAAUGAACCGUAGUUUAGCUAUAGAUAUGUGCUUGUGCAAUUUGUGUUUGAAUUGGUCCAAGCUCUAAUAUACGUAAUAUGCUUGCCGAUUCGAAAUUAUUAUUGUCCAAAACGUAGUGUGGUGGAACUUAGCAACAAUAGUUUAUUUCGAUCUACUUAUGAUUUAUGCAUCAGAAAUGAAUUGUUAUGGGGUUAACGACACCAUUUUAUU